AUGCAAUGUAUCGUUCAGUUCCAGCACGAAUAUUUCCAGGAAGGAGAUAUCCGCCUGCUCAGACCGAUGGUAUUGCGUAUGGUUGCCGAACAAUCGGGCUGCGACAUCUCUACCGUUUCCCGUAUUACCAGCAACAAAUAUGCGGAAACGCAUUUUGGCCUUAUUUAUCUGAAAGAUCUUUUCAGUGAAGGCAUUGCUGAUAAAAAAGGAGAAGUGAUCAGUAAUAAAGUGAUUCAGUCAGUUAUUGAAGAAGCCAUACAGGGCGAGGAUAAGCGUCAUCCGUUUACAGAUCAGCAAUUAGUGAAUAUACUAUCUGCUAAAGGGUAUAAUAUUGCACGCCGUACCGUUGCUAAAUAUCGCGAACAACUGCGUAUUCCUAUUGCCCAGAUACGCGCCGUAUGGGCUUAA